AGUUUGAACCAAAACUACCCCAAUUUGGGGAUUAGGGUUUAGGGAAAUACAAAUCAAACAAGAGGACGAUUCGCUUAAUUCUUCAGGAUAAAUUCAAUUAAGUUUAAGCAUUUUAAAAUAGAGAUGAAUCUUAAAAAAGACAACCCGGAUUCUCCAACAUCUGUAAUAUAUGAGAUAUCUGGCGAACCGGCUAUAGUUAUCAAUGGUAUGCCUCCUGUGUGCACCAAUGAGGAUAGUAAUCUUCUCGUCUCCAAGGCUAAAGAUGACACAGAUUCGAAAAUAAACGAGUCUUUGGGUGGCUGGUUUGAAGGUAGAGAGGUUCAAAAGUUAUUUGAGGGGAAGUUAUAUAAGGGGAAAGUUAUGGAAUUUGACAAAGAAUCGGGCUGGUACAGAGUUGUUUAUGAAGAUGGGGAUUUUGAAGAUCUUGAAUGGCAUGAGUUGCAAGAAGUGCUUCUACCUAUUGAUGUCACAAUUCCUUUGAAAGCAUUAACAUCAAAAGUCAUCAAGAAGAGGCAGAAACCGGAUAAAAAGUCUGGGAAAUCUGCGACUAAAUCGCGCAAUCCGCCCACAUGAAGGGUUAAGGUCGUGGUCGGGAAAAUGGAGAUCUAGCAAGUAGGUAUUUCAUGUUCUAACCUUUUGUAGAUCAUUGUUGACAGCUUGGUUUUGGGAUAUAUGGAGUUUCUUUUCUAGGAGGGCAAUCAUGUAAGGCAUUCUAUAUAGUUAGUUCCUGUUUUAGCUCAUCUCUUUGAAAACCCGGAAAAAGAUAUUUUGUGAGGGAUUUUAACAGAGAUAAUUCGAUGUUGGACUAGGAUUUUAGAGCCUGAUUAGCAAUGACAGAGCAAUGUGUAUCCCUUGAAUCAAUUAAAGAUGUAUUGUAUUCUGAGUUUGACUAUGUUAUGCCAUGGGAAAGCGCUUCUGUUGAGUUUA